AUGUCCACCUAUCCAACAGACGCGUCAUCUGCUAAUUGGCAGUGGCAGUACAACACGUCCGUCUGCUUCAACGAUGGCGAGAACGCCACACUGACAUGGAAAGUGACUCUGAACUCUGGGGAAGAGAUUGGAGCUGUGUCUAUCUUGCAACAGGCUGUAGCUGGUGGAUCAUCGGUCGAGAUGUAUUCUACGACUUCAGGAAAAGACUCAGCGUUCAGUGAUCGAGUAAUGUCGGCAUCGUACUCGGGUUCAUCACCUGUGUAUAAUGUGGUGUUUACACUGAAGGUUAACAACAGCGAGGAUGAAUUCGGCACCUACGAAAUACGAUGUAAUGUAAACUCAAAGAACUACCUCGUUGGGCAGCCUCCAUCAGACACUCUACUCAAAGUGCAGGUUCCACCCAGCAGUGUUGUCAUUUUCCCACCGAGUCCUACCGUGACCGAGCGUGACCAAGUGAACCUGACGUGUUCAGCUGAUGGUACUCCUCCACCGACCUUCACAUGGAUCGGCCCUCAGGGGCGCACCGUAGCACACAGACCGUCCUACACCAUUCCCAUGGUGCACCGCGACAUGUCAGGGGUCUACACGUGCGUGGCUACUGACGGAUGUGGGCGGAAUCACACCAUGGAUGCGACACUCGCUGUGAGAUAUAAACCAGAAAACACCAAAUUAAUACCAAAUGAGCAUAUCGGCUGUGUCAGGGAUGUUGUCUCGUUAAAUUGCUCAGCGUUGGCUAACCCAAACAACAUCAAUUACACUCUGUAUCGCAAUGAUACGGCACUUGCCUCAAAUAUGAACGGAAAAUUUGUCAUUAGUCUUAACGCUUCUGGCUUGAGUAUCUUCAAGUGUGUUCCCAGUAACGAGGUGGGAGAUGGAGAAAACAAGAGCGGCUUGUUCGCUGUCAAAGAUCCGCCACGAAUAACAAGCUUUACCUCGCCACAAAUCGAAGUCGAAGGAUCCGAUGUAACAAUGCGAUGCAUCGCAUCUGGUACAGCGCCGUUAAGAGUUGCGAUUUUCCACCCAAACGGCUCUGUGCUGACCAACACUGGGAGCUACACGUUCAGUCCUAUCAGGAGAAGAGAUGGGGGAACCUACACAUGCACCGUGAACAACGGCAACGAGUGUCCAGCUUAUACAAGAACAACGAGUAUCACUGUUAUCUAUAAACCAGAGAAAACAAGCCUAACACGUCUGGAAAGCUCUUACUGUCUGGGGACCAGCGUUUAUUUUAACUGCACAGCGAGGGGUGAACCAGAUGACGUCCACUACUCGCUUUUCGUCAACAAGACCCUUUUGAUAGAGAAGUCAAAUGGGGUAUUCAACUUGACGUUAAACACUUUAGGAACGCAUGAAUACACUUGUGUGCCGAAUAACACAGCAGGAAUUGGUCAGAAGAACACAUUCAGUAUUGAUAUGCAAGAAAAAAUAGAGUUCGUCAAUAUUUCAGCUCCAAUGGUAAAAAGAGGAGUUCCCUUUACCUUGGAGUGUACAACUAAUGUGGUUAGACCUGUCAGCAUCACUUGGUACAAGAACAGCGAAUGGUUUAGCAGCAAUAGAAGUCUUAUAUUUAGCGGGUCGUUGAAUGAUACCGGUUCUUACAGCUGCCUCGCGGAAAGUGCCUGCAACACCAAGCAAAGCGAAAGAGUCAAUAUUACGGUUACAUAUGCCAACAUGGAGAGGUAUUCCCUCAAAUGUAUAACGUCACCGGCUGUCAGUAUCACCAUUGAAACUAACAAGACCCCUCCUCCAGACAUCGUUUGCAUGAAUGACGGCAAAAGCAUACAAUCAAAAAUUACCAGUACAACAGAAACUAAAGUCACCUACGAAGUGAAAUUGGCAAGUCUAGACGAAAUAGAGGUGGAAUGCAACGCGGAAGGUUUUCCUGGAUCUCAGCACAAGUUCACCGUCGUUCCAGCAGGCUCUGAGCACACAAGUAAUGGAAGUUUUAGGAUAACGAAUGUCCAGUACCCUCCAAGCAAACAAGUGAAAAGCAACAUUGAAAAUUUGGUCAGGGAGAGCAUUGAUACCACGUGUCUGAAAGAAAUCUUCUUGGGUUACGGGUCAGGGAGUGUACUCGUAUAUGUAUCUCUGGUUCUUACGGCAAACAUCGCGGAUCCCUUUGUACUACUCAAACAUGCGCUCGUAGAAAAUGCGCCGAGAUACGGGAUUGCAAUAGAGCCAGCAAGCGUCAAAAUACAACUACCGGAGUCCUUACCACAGCUAAGUGACGUCAUGCCGGCAUCCAGCAGCCUCAAAGUCACGUGGUCAAACGCAACUCGUAAUGCGCAGUGUACGAUGCGCGCUAGACCUCUAGCUGGAGCGUCACGUGACUGGGUGACGUCAUCAGGUGUCAGUAGUCCAGCCUCGCUAUCGUGCGUGUUGGAUGAUCUUGAGCCUGACACUCUGUACGAGGUGGAGGUCACCGUGUCGGUGCGGGGAGACACGAGGCGUGACACGGUCUACAUCAGGACCACACCCACAGCUGUCGAGGUAAAUGAUCAGAAUUCAACCAUUGUUAGUCUCGCUGUGCUGGUCGCCAUCUUGUUCUUGGUCAUCUUUGGUCUGAUUGUCUACAUCGCGGUGCUGAAGAGGGCAGGUCUAACAGCAAAGAGAGAAAGAUCUGAAGCUGAUAACCCAGGCUACUAUGGAUUCCAGAAUGUGGCGAUGCAAGAAAACGCCAACCAAGACCAACAUGUAAUGCCAGGGAUGGGAGACUAUGAGUUCGCCCCAUUGGAAAAUAGGGGACAAAACCCUGACCCCAUUCCACAAUACGAAUCAGUGAAUAAUGCACAAACACAACCACCCAACCGUAGAAACGUCACGCAAUACGAGGAUGUAACGCAAAGGAGCAAUGUCCCUCAAUACGAGGAUGUAACGCAAGAGGGCAAUGUCACCCAGUAUGAAGCUAUGAAUAGACAUGCAUCACGUGAUCAGCAUGUGCCAGCCAAUCGCCAGUACGAUAGCGUCGAUAGCACGAGAAUGAGUAGACAGAAUCCCCUCGCGAGGAGAGCAAGGAACGGCACAGGUGAUAAAGGCGAGCCAGGUUACGAGAACACAAGAAAACGAGGUUUACCACAUGAAGUGUACCAAACUUUACAGGCGACGGCACAACACAGCGAGAAUGCGCAGUACGCCCCACUGCAUCCUGGGACACGCAUUGCGGCCAGGCCUGGUGGUAGGGACGAGAGGGGAGUAGCUACAGACAUAAGAGGGAGUGAGUACCAGGAGUUGAACAGAGCUAAAACCACAGAUCCAUGUUAUCAGCAGGUAGGCAGUAGAGUCACUAGCGCAUAA